AACGGCCCUUGCACUAAUCACACACUGUACGGACUACUCACUCCAACGGUGACUUUACCCCAUACUCAACCCUACAAUCGAAGGGGGGCGUUUUCCCAGUGCGGCCUUCCACCGGCUACUUGCGAUCUCGAAUCACUCACCAACUCGACCGGACUUUUUUUCCAGCAGUGAGCUGAGCCGGCGCAUUUCGUACCUGGCUACCGGACAAAGAACUGGCUAAACUUGGGCUGCGGCAAACCAAAGCGGACGAUCUGCCGAAAAUAGACAACGGCAUCUUCCACUACGGUAGCACCUGUACCAGAGACAGCUCCCACCGAUAUCGAUCGAUCCACCCAAGACAAUGCUGUUCUCUAGCAGAGAACCUGUCAACAUGCCGCUGCCGGCCCCAGUCCUGUCACCCACAGCGAUCCACCCCGCGCUGAGCGAUUCGGCCACCUCGCCUGCGCCUGGGAGUGGGAGUGCUGGGACCUCUCAUCCCAACGCCCAGAACCAUUCCUCGGACUCUCCUCACCCACCAUCUUACCCACACCCGCUCCUCCUUCCGCUCCCACGCACCCGCCCGUCGUUCGCAUCCUUGGAUCAGUGUGCCUCCGAUGGGGUUAUUACCCAGGCACGCUUCUCCGAUGAUGCUGACCGCCCAAAGAGUUCAUAUGCAACUCUAGGACGCGCAUCAACUUUGGAUUGCGCCAUCUCCGACGCAGAUACCGCAGCUGGAACCCCCAAUCUCCGACAUGAAGGCCUGGACUCUGUGACACCCAGACAGACUCCCAAACCUGCAUUCGCUUCUCCCUUUAUCUCGCUAGAUACCCCCGUGCAGACGGACUACAACCCGGUGCGAACCGCGCUCUCUCCCGCUUCAGCGUCAGCCUCCACCUUCGCUCACUCGCAACCACCACCCCACGUUCCCGGACAUAAGAAGAACGCCCUGUCGAUUGAGUCUGUGCCCCGGCAGACUAUUAUGAAAGCAUUGGCAUCGGUGGCCCGCAACAACAGACCUGAGCCUCUCUCUCUUUCCGGCAUGCUGUCCGCACACAACAUGCCUCAGGACGGGGACAACCGUCCCUCCACUUCGUCGUCGCAGAAGCUGUGCGACGCUCUCAACGGCAUCGCUCUCUCCGGCAGCACUUCGCUACAGUCACCAUGCUUCUACCACAACCGCUUCGACGACGCGGUCGACAUCGACAAGGUGCUGGAGGAGAUCAAGAACGAUGAGUGGAUGUCGCAUUCCCGUCUUGUUCAGACGGCCACUGGUGUACGAGAAGUGUCCAAGCAGCUUCAGCGACGGCCCAUUCGACGAGCCGUCAAGAAUGUUAUGAUUGUCACCAAGGCCCGCGACAACCAGCUGGUUGUCCUCACCCGUGAACUAGCCCUCUGGCUUCUCCGAACCCCCCGUUAUGGCUCUGAUCUGGGAGUAAACGUCUACGUUGACGCCAAGCUUCGAAACUCGAAACGCUUCAACGCUUCGAGCAUUACCGACGAGAAUCCACGCUUCCAAACCAUGCUCAAAUAUUGGUCACCAGACCUUUGCUGGAGCCAGCCCGAAAAGUUCGAUCUGGUGCUCACUUUGGGCGGUGAUGGCACCGUGCUCUUCACAUCUUGGUUAUUCCAGCGUAUUGUUCCGCCAGUAUUAUCAUUCAGCUUGGGGAGCUUGGGCUUCCUCACUAAUUUCGAAUUCGAGAGAUACAAGGAUCACCUAAAUCGCAUCAUGGGUGACGAAGGUAUGCGCGUCAACCUGCGCAUGCGCUUCACAUGCACGGUAUACCGGGAUGGACCCCUCGGACAAGAAAUGGAGGAGGGGGAGCAGUUCGAAGUUCUCAACGAGUUGGUCAUUGACCGAGGACCGUCGCCUUAUGUGUCCAACCUCGAACUGUACGGUGACAACGAGCUGUUGACCGUCGUCCAGGCGGACGGUUGCAUCUUUUCCACUCCAACUGGCUCAACAGCAUACUCCCUCUCCGCCGGCGGCUCCCUCGUCCACCCCGACAUCCCCGCCAUCCUUCUCACGCCUAUCUGCCCACACACGCUCUCCUUCCGACCCAUGGUCCUCUCGGACACCAUGCUCCUCCGCGUCACCAUCCCGCGCAACAGCCGCGCAACCGCCUACUGUGCCUUCGAUGGCAAGGGCCGCGUCGAGCUCCGCCAGGGUGACAGCGUCACCAUUACGGCCUCCCAAUACCCUUUCCCUACCGUCGUCCGCACCGACGCCGAGUGGUUCGACAGCGUCUCUAGAACAUUGCGGUGGAACACGCGCGGCGCGAUGCAAAAGGCCUUUGACGCUUCCUCGGGAGGGACUGGAAGCGAUGCGGGUGGGGAACAGGAGGAGGAAGGGUGGGAUAUUGAUACUGAUUCGGCAUGUUAUGCGAGCGAGGAAGGGAGCGUGAGUGCGAGUCCGUUGAGGAGGCAGAUGAGUCUUUUGGGGAUGUGAAGUACAUGAUUUUUCUUUGUUGUAUACCAAAGAGAGUGAAGGGACCGUUGGAUUUCUUUGGAAAGAAGCAAUGUGUUUCGAGAAGGCAUAAGCGACGGAAUUUUUUCUUCAUCUUUUUAUUCCCCCCCCCCCUUUUCCAUAUCUCAUCAUUGGGGGACCGAGAUAUUUUGACUGAGGAAAGACAACAAGAAUAAUGAAGCAGGAAAAGAGACAAGGCAUGGAGAGACAAGGCAUGGAGAGAAUAGAGGCUCAUCAACGCACGUACUAAGGGAUUGGGUUGAAGUUCUAGAGCUGAAUCACAGUACACAGCGCCCAACAGGUAGCUGUACAUGUGCUUUGAUUAGAUAUCUUUGGAAGGCACUGGAUAUACAAUUGGCGUCUACGGAGUUUUCUAGAUCAUUUCUUUUUCAACUGUAUAAAAGGAGUGGACAGAACAACAAGAUUCCCUGACCAAUGAA